CUUCUCGAUCGUACGUACCUAUCUCGCAACAGGACUCGAUUUGGAAGUGGUACAAAGUUCUCUCUAGCUUAUUCUGUUUGGAUGCAGCUUUAGCAGUACACCUUCAAGAAAAUUGAAUCAUCUUAUUCGUCUGUGUAGUUCCAACAUGCCACAUGUUGAGAGCUUUGUCAUUGAGGUUGAGGGUUUACUAAAUGCCUUAUUGCUAAGCAUCGAGGCCUAUAAGGAAGGUGUCAUUUCAAGGAAUGAACUGAUAACACUCCUGGUGGACUUGAUCUAUCAACAGGAUCAGUAGGACCAAGUUUAGACUACACAGUUUUUGAUUGCCCUGCAAGGUUAUGAUGGAAGAAUCUAAGGAAUGCAAGCUGAGGAUAGUCGUUGGGGAUGGUGAUUACAGAAAGUUGACACUACCAGAUGAGGUCACAUCACUCAUUGACAUCAUAAGACAGACAUUCUACUUGAAGGGUGAUUUUCGUCUGCAGUACUUAGACAAAGAUUUCAGUGACUUUGUUAAUCUUGAAAGUGUACAUGAGAUAAUGGAUAAGGAUACCUCGAAGGUUGUGGUGCUCUCGGUACCAGAAACUGAAAGUGAACUGGACAGUAGCAGUAUUUCUUCAGCUCCUUCUGGUGAUACACAGAUGCUGUCUGAUGAUUCAUCCUCUGAUUUCAGUUCAUCACCCCACACCAGGGGUUCCACGUCCAGGCAGAAUACAUGGCCUGCUCGAUUUCCCAUUCCGAAGUUUGCAUAUGACACUGAAAUAAAGUUGAGCAAUGGUAACAAGCAAUACAGAGAAACAGGUUCCUGUUUGAAAGAAGGCAUCAACAAGCAUGACAUUUUGGAAAAGCUGGCCGAACACAUUUUCAUGUAUGAAGCAUAUCCCUCGGAUGAACACCUAUCAGAAGUGGCUAGAAGACUGGUGCAGAAGCAUCCAUGCCUACAGGAACCUCAUGGAACAUGGUUUGAAUGGAAGAACAGCUUAAAAUUCAAAAUGGGCAAUUAUCGAUCCAAGCUUCGAAAGUUUUGCCCAGAAGUUGCGGUGAAUGCCUUGACCAAUUAA